GCACAAGAAAGAACAAGAAUGAAGUGCUUGUAGCGCUAGCGUUCCGCUCGGCCUGUUUCUAAGAAUCUGCAUCUGCAUCUGACGUUCGAGACUCACGGAAAGGACUGACACAAGCCCGCAAGAAUCGUGUCUGCCAUCAACACACCAUGGUGUGGAAGGAAACGUUUUGGACGCUCUCCAUGCUCCUGCUGCGUCGGGAAAGGACCAAUGAAGAGAGGAUCGCAUGGAGACUCCAGAAGGAAAAGAUCGUCAAGGGUGGUUCACGAAUCCUUCGCUGGCUGAUCCUCAUCGACGUCAUUCUGUUCGGCUUGUGGAUGGUGGCCCCGCGGAUACCUUUCGACACGAACGCCGAUCUGGCCGGACAAGCGGCGCUCGAAGGAAACAUGUAUCACCACGACGCAGAGCAGAUGUAUGAAACGGACGGGUACAACGAAGGCGGCGAAGCAGAGCGGUACGAUGCCUACCAUCAUGCCGAGCAUGACAAGUACAGUGACUUAGUUGGACGGCAAGACGGUGCUCCCCACCCGGGUGUUCAUCAUUCAGGUGAGGAUGGAGGCGUCGCAACGGGACAAUGCCACAGUGACAGAGAAACAAGGUUUUCGAAUAGAGGCGGUUGUCCGGACCCAAAGAUGUGCGCCAAGUGCUGUCCCUGCAAGUGUUCGAGUCGUGACGGCGGCAGUCACGGGAAACCGCGGAAAGGUGAUUCCCAAAGCGCACCUAAGGCACAGCUACGGGAGGAACCUGAACGACGCGCUCGCAGCAAGCGCCUCACCGGCACCUGCAAGGAAAGGAACGUGCUAACGCGGCCAAUUCCAAGGGAUGCCCGGGCAAGCUAUUUCAUGGAGCACGUGUACAAGCCGACGGAUGCUGACAGCUCGUUUCGGCAGACGCUGUGCUCCACUCCGGGCUGCCGCUGGCUGCAGUCUUUUCUGGACAAGGGUGGCGCGCCCAGGAGGGAAGCCGCACGCAGGAACUCCCCCUGCACCAACUUCUACCGUCACGUUUGCGACGCCAAAACGCGCUCGCCGUACAACCUGGGCAGGGAGAAGCUCAUGGAGAGCAUGCGUCGCAUCCUGGGCCGUCACAAGACCCCGAAAGGAGAGCUGCCGGUGAACUCCGACUCGAUGUUCAAGCGCUGCAUGGAAGGUGUGGAUCUCAUGAUCAAGGACCACAUCAGAUACGACUGGGAUGAAAAGAAGCUAGAUGGCUGUGCCAACAACAUGCCCAAAACACCGUUGACCCUCUCGGACAGAUUCUUCAAGUCGGGGCGCCGCCGUACGAUGCCAGAAUUCUUUGAUCACAUCAAGGGCCUGACGAACAAUCUCAGCCUCGAUGACUCCACACUGCCCGCGAAGGGGUUCUUUACACGUGAGUGGAUACCGGCCGCUUGCCAAUGGGUCGCUCGCGCCGCCCGAUGCCACUACGCCUUGGACUUGAGAAUGGAGACGGGUGAACAUCUGGAACGAUACCAGCUCUACUGGAAGGUCAUCUACUUCUCGCCCCUUCUUGGCCCUAUGGCGAACAGAAUCUUCGAGGCCGUGUUCGACGAACCACCAAAGGCCCGCGUUCAGGCAUGCUUCAAUCUAAUGGAAGAUCAUUAUAUCGUCAACACCACGAAGACGGCGCGGCGGGCGCUGAAGGAAGCCAUCCGACGACCGCAUGACGUCCUUUCACACGUUUCUUGGCUGCUUCGCUGGGCGCUCAGGGACCGCAUACCGAGAUGGCUCUCACGUCGGAACAGAACGAAAACCGCUUUGGAAGCCACAUCUGCAUCCGGAGCAGCAGACGCAGCCGGGUCUGCAGCCACGCUCGAGGUAGCCCAGUUCAACGCCUCCAUAGCUGCGGCAGUCCGGAGGCACCUUGAAGUAGUUGACGCUGAAUUCCUCAACAGCAUGCGUCACCGCGACGUGCCAUUGAUGUCGCUCUACAACGCCGAGGCAAAAUAUGUGAAAAAGCGCAAGGCCAUCGUGGUGUCGCCAGGCCUGGUGAGUGUCAUAAUGAACGUGACCCACAGCACGGAUCCCUUCGCGACUGUUCUCAUCGGAGCACCCAUCCUGCGAGCCAUGGUGCCACGCCGCCAAGGCGUGUACAAAUGGCGGUGGGCGAGCCAGCACCAUCUCAACCGUGCCACCCACUGCGUCGAAGACAAGAUGGCAUCGAGCAAGACGGUAGCUGGAAGGGUUGUAACCGAGUCCGCCAUUCUGGAACCUCUCUUUGACGCCUACCGACGGAGCCUCGCCGAUGAAAUAGGCCUUGGAACGCGCCUCACGAAGCAGUACAGCAACAACGAGCUGUUCUACGUGCUGUGGGCGCUCGGGCACUGCGACGACCCUCUCGCAGAUGUGGUCGUCAACGGUGUGGCCAACAACUCUGCCCACUUCGCCUCCACUUUCGGGUGUUCCCGGGGUGACAAGCUGUGGUCCGAGGACAAGUGCACCUUCUGGGUGUAGAACAUCUUUUACAUUUGUUCUUGUUUUUCUCACCGUCUGUUUCAUUAAGUGGCUGUUGCAUUAUUCCUAUUCUUUUUGGACCUUUAUUUAGUUAUUUCAUUGCUCCUAUUUAGUGACAUAAUAAAUGUUCUUUGUUUUCUCUCUUGCUUAAUAA